CAUGAAUUACUGAGUUAAACUGAUUUUGCACCGUGUUUUGCGUUGUUAUAGUGCUGCAUGUUUAAACCAACACAUCACCAUUUUUGUGUGUGCUGCAUGUUUUAUGUUUUUGGCUGUGGUCUUUCAUUGAUUAUAUCUGAAAAAGCAGAAAAAAGUUGUUCGCCUAACUUGAGCAUAUUUGAAGUGGAGCUGAUAGUUUUGAGUAUAAUUUGCACAGAAGAAGAGUAGUAUGUUUGAACUGGAUGGAACUGGGAUCCUCGUCAAAGACACACCCCGGUCACCGCGUGCGCCGCCUCCACCCAGAGCGAGAGUAAGACCCCUAACACCACCUCUCUCAAUUGACAGCGGGGCAAGGCGACCAGCAGCCCUCGUGCCCCCCUACUCUGCGACUGCUCCCUUGGUGCUAAUGCAACCGCCUACUGCUGACAACUCCGCUUAUUUUAGAAGGAUGGAUGAAAUUGAAGAUAGACUGAUUCAUCAGGAGAAGACUACGCAGACACUGAUAGACAAAGCGUAUAAAAUUAAGGAGGAUAUCAUAGAGAGCAUGAACCUGUCACAUGGCUCGUGGCAGAACGAGAAGGAGGCCAGGGCUCUCCUCACAGACCACAUCCGCAACAUUACAGUCAUCGUCAAGAGACUGUCUCGAGAGAUAGAGGUGGACUCUCUGAACAGCAAGCUUUCCAACAUAGAAAACAAGCUGAACCAGCUGGGCAUGUCGCUGGAUGCGACGCAGACAGACCACAGUUCUAAGAUACGGGCGGUGGAGGGGGACUCGGGAAGUGCGAUUGCGCGAAUGGACAGCAAGUAUGCGGGCUUAGUCGAGGACCUGAGGAGUUCAGUGUUGGCUACGCGCAACUGGAGCGAGACAGAGCGGGGCAAGCUAGAGAACCAAUUUCUGGCCUAUAUGGAGUCUCACAAACAGUACUACGAAAACAGACUAGUCAAAAUUGAAAGAUACAUGGAGGAGCGACUGGUGGGACUGGAGAAGAGAAUAGAUGGACUUGAGGCAUUCCGGGAGAACGUUGUCCACUCCACCGAGCGAGAAGAGGACCAACAGAAGUGCGUCCCUGUCAACAACAUGCUCUUCGUCACUGCUUUCAUCCCAGGUGCGAGCAAAUCCAGGGUCUGGGACUCGAAAUGUGUCAUCAAUUUCACAAUCAGAAGUCAGCCUGCUCGUUUCCUGUUCAAAAUCGCUAACAAAAAAUUCUUCAUUGAGUCUAUCAUUAUUUGGUAG